GGCCUCUCCCCGGGCGACGUCCGCCACGUGGUCUGCACCCACGGCCACUCCGACCACGCGGGCAACCUCAACCUCUUCCCGCGGGCCGACCUGCUGCUGGGCGCCGACCUCAGCCUGCCGGACGGGCGCUACCUCCCCACCGGGCUGCGCCGGGGCCUGCCGCACGUGCUCCACGCCGGCCACCUGGAGGUCCUGCCCACCCCGGGCCACGCCGGGGGCGAGGACGUCAGCCUGAUGGUGCGCGGCACCGCCCUGGGCCACGUCCUCCUGGCCGGGGACCUCUUCGAGCGCGAGGGCGACGACGGGCAGUGGCAGCCGCUCAGCCAGGACCCCGCGCGGCAGGAGGCCAGCCGGGCCCACGCCCUCCGCAUCGCCGACGUCAUC